GUUGAGACUUCUAUUGUCUCUUGAGGCAGUCUUGUAUUGCUAUGAACUUCCUGCUGAGAACCACUUUUGCAGCAUCCCAUCGAUUUUGACCCUUCCGGUGGCCUUUUUAAACAUGUGUUUGAGACGGAGUCAAUGUAGAAGCUGAAAAUGCCUGGAAGAUCUCUGGUUUCUGUCACUCCCUGUCCUGCCUUUUUGCCUCACCGCCCGAUUUGGAUGAUGUGAUAUUCAGAGGGACGCCUUAAUCGAAGUCGUUCUUCAGCGAGUCGCCUGUGGUGGGAGGCCUUGGACGCGACUCACGAUGGCCAGCCAGUCACCAGACGAGGCGGCCGAGGCUCAGGUGUCCGACGAACUCGAGUGUAAGAUCUGUUACAACCGGUAUAAUCUGAAACAGAGGAAGCCCAAAGUGCUGGAGUGUUGUCACAGGGUUUGUGCCAAAUGCCUCUACAAGAUCAUUGACUUUGGGGACUCCCCGCAAGGCGUCAUCGUCUGUCCUUUCUGCAGGUUUGAGACCUGCCUGCCGGAUGAGGAAGUCAGUAGCCUGCCCGAUGACAGCAACAUCCUGGUGAACUUGACUUGUGGGGGCAAAGGCAAGAAGGGCCUGCCGGAAAACCCUACCGAGCUGCUGCUGACCCCCAAGAGGCUGGCGUCUCUCGUCAGUCCUUCUCACACUUCGUCCAACUGCCUGGUCAUAACCAUCAUGGAGGUGCAGAGGGAGAGCUCCCCGUCCCUGAGCUCCACUCCCGUGGUGGAAUUUUAUCGGCCCGCGAGUUUCGACUCUGUUACCACCGUGUCGCACAACUGGACCGUGUGGAAGUGCACGUCCCUGCUCUUUCAGACGUCUAUCCGCGUGUUGGUUUGGCUGCUAGGUUUGCUGUACUUCAGCUCCUUGCCCUUAGGGAUCUACUUACUGGUGUCUAAGAAAGUCACCCUUGGGGUCGUCUUUGUCAGCCUCGUCCCUUCGAGCCUCGUUAUCCUCAUGGUGUAUGGUUUCUGCCAGUGCGUUUGUCACGAAUUUCUAGACUGUGUGGCACCUUCUUCUUAAUUAAUAUGCAGACUAAGAAAUUUGACACACAUUACCGUCUUUGAAGUUAGGUGAUUUAUCGUUUACUUAUUUUAUAUUCUCCGUGACUAGGGUCCAUGACAUGAGCAAAGCCGAUUGGCCAAAUGUUUGUGGUCUGUUUUCCAUCAAGAUUUUGACUCAAUUGGUUUUCCUGUACGCUGGACAGAAAAAAUGUCCAUUUCUACUUAGGUGUUAGCAAAGGUGCAAAAAUGCUGUUCCUGUGAGUCUUCCCACAGAAAGGGCUUUCACUUAACCCUGCUGCACAGGCUCCAGGGGGUGGGUGGGUUGUGGUAGGGGCCUUUGUGGAAGGUUAGGGGUGAACUGGUUCCUCUAAUCCUUGGUAAUCUAUGAUGGAGGGUGGACACAAGGGGAAAGCUGUUCCAAGACACAUCUUGAAAAGUGUGACCUGCCCGUUCCCUGCACCCCCUCCCACAUCCCCCCCACAUCCUCCUCCCACACCCCCAUACCCUCAUCCCUGCACCCCCUCCCACACCCCCUCAUACACUCAUCCUGCGCCCCCUCCCAUACCCCGUUGUUGGCUCUCCCCUGAAUCCUCUUCAGGUGUUCUCUCGCAAGUUAACGCCACUGUCUGUGGUCUGCUGCCCAAGUGAGGUGCUUCUUCCCUCCACACAUGCUCCUUCACCAAGAGGAAGCUCGGCCUCAUGCCCUUGUGUGGUUUCAAUUAAAUACCCAUUUUGCCACAUUUCUAAAGAGAAUUAAACAUACUGUGGAAUGUGCAUCAAAGCAAACUUCAUGACAGAAUAUGGCCACUUGUCUUUGAGACCAUUUCCUCCAUAUUUAUUUUCUUCUCUCCUCCAUCUUUGAAAUUCUCACAGAGCAGUUACAGUUCAUGGAAAUCUUCAUUUGAGUCUUGCCCUAAAACAGUUCAGUUGAGUUUCAUUAACCACCUUGUUCAACAAGCCCCACCCCUUAUCCUGAAUGAGGUUUUUCUUCAAUUAGUUGUUAGAAACAUAUGAGGAUUUUUUUCCCCCAUUGUAUUUCAGAUUCUACUAGGGACUUAUUUAACUUAAUCCUGUAACAGUUUGGGGUAAAUCGUGGCAGUGGAAACCCAGAAACAAUUAUUGAGAUGUUCUAGCUCACAGAUGGAAGUGCUAAGAACCUAAGUAUUCUUGCUGUACUGUACUGAAUCGUACCAGAACGGAACGGUUUAGGCUUCUAUGCAAAAUGGGGUCACAUUUGGCCCAACAGAGCGAUGGGCAAGAGACACACAGAGCCAAUGUGCUGCUUGAGAGGACCCUCUGGGGCAGUCAGACAGAGGUGGCAGAGCUCAACUCGACCUGUUGCUCUUCCUCUUGUUUUUAAGUCCCUUGUGGCAUGGAUUCACAUUCUUACAUAAUUUAUUUCAAAUAAAAGCAUAAGCUAUGUGACUUGAGUUAAUGAACUCCUUUUCAUGAUGUAGGGGAAGUUGAAUGUAUAUAUUUACGAGAAGAAAUUGUUUAGCAAAUUUUAGGUUUGAGGGAAUAGAAUGUCCACAGAAACUGGGCCAAAAAAAAAAAAUAGCUUUUCAGUUCCUAAAACCCAUUACUGAUGAUUAACAUUAAAAUAUUUAUUACCCUUAGAAGAGGGCAUUACCAAGAUGACUUCAACUCGUUUGUGAUGAAACAUUUGUUGUGUGACACAGCUGUGGACCAGCCUGAUCUCUUUCUUCAGGAAGAAUUGACGCUUAUUUUUAGAAUAGCAGUUUGACUGUAAUCGUAUAACUCCUGACUUGGAGAAUAUGUACGCCCAAGGUGAGUAUGAUGGGAAACCAUACCUGGGGUGUGGUCCGAUGAAUGUAAGCCCCAAGUUAGAGCUAAAUACAUUUAUAAUUUCAUCAAAUCUAGGUUAGAUAGCAUUGUGAAUGCAGUUUCCAAAAAUCCAUUUGUACUUAGAGUAAAUAUAAUGUUUAGGAGGUGUUUUGUGGUUUGAGUUUAUAUAUUUAUAAGGUUUUUAAAAAAAUGUUCAUUUUGUCUGACAUGUAACAUCAAAUGAAUUGGUGAGUUAUAUGAUGAGAUUUCUAGAAAGCUCUGGAUGUGGGUACUGUGUAUUUUGCUUAUUUGUAUAAUGUCUGCAGUGCUAAAUUUGUGUUUCUUUGUAUAUCGUGAUAGUCUUUUUUUUUUAGUUGCCAGUAAAUUAAUUUGGUUUUAAAGAGUUCUAAAUGUAAGACAACAGAAAACUCUUUAUGCUGUUGAAUGAAAACAGGACAAUGCUUCAAAAUUUUAUUCACUGUGAUAAUAUUUUGUUUGUCCAUUAAAUUAUUGU